ACCAUAUAUCCAUUUAUGAACUUUUAGAACCUCCCUACUUUAUGGAACUUUACCAGCAAUAUGGCAACCACGUUUUGAGGUUAGAAUUUUGACGAUGGACGGCGUUUCUCCUGCCCUUGCAAUUCGCUCUAGCGUGGGAAUAGAACUGUGGGCUUCAUCGGGGUCUAAGCAACCCUAUGAGCACAAGGACAAUUUACCACGAGAGGAGACGAAAAAUUCUCGAUCAAUUUCAUUCAGCCCAGAUGGUCGUUACUUUGCCUAUUCGAAUGGCCGAGAGGUAAUGGUUUUAAGAACAUCGGACUGGCAAUUGCAAUGUUCUCUGCCGCGUCCGAAGGCUUUUUAUUUGAAAUUCUCACCGCGUGGCAAUUACUUAUGUACUUGGGAAUUGUAUGUCAUAACAAAGGACAUUCCCGAGGGCUCGCCCAAUAUGUUUGUGUAUGAGAUGGCCAGCGGUAAGGAGGUAUUUAGCAUUGUGCAGAAGAAACAAAGCGAUUGGGAACCCUCAUGGUCAUCCGAUGAAAGCAUUUUCGCUAUAGUCAUUGGUGGCGAGGCCUUAUUCUAUGAUUUGGCCCAAGGUGUGGAGGGUUUCAGCGCAAGUGUAAAGAAGAUAGGCGGCAGUAAGGGUGGCAUAUUGUCGGUGGGUCCUGGUAACAGUCCACCCUUUAUAGCCAUUUAUACUCCCGGAGCCAAGGGGGCACCAUCAAUGUGUAAAUUAUACAAGUAUCCAGCAUUGGGUCAAAAUCAAACGGUGGCCUGUAAAAGUUUCUUUAAUGCCGAUCGUGUGGAAUUGAUUUGGAAUCGCCGAGGCACUGGUCUUUUACUAUUGACCAGCACUGAGGUGGAUAAGACAGGUGCAUCUUAUUACGGCAAUCAAGCUUUGCACUUUUUAAGUACCAAGGGUGAUUCAUGUUCCGUGCCAUUGUCUAAAGAGGGUCCCGUUCAUUGUGUAAAGUGGAGUCCUAAGGCUACCGAAUUUGUUGUAGUCUAUGGUUAUAUGCCCUCAAAGGCGGCUUUAUACAAUUUAAAAUGUGAUGUCGUUUUUGAUUUCGGCGAGGGACCACGCAAUUGUGCCUACUUUAAUAAUUUUGGAAAUAUAGUCGUUUUAGCUGGUUUUGGCAACUUGCCAGGCAAUGUUGAAAUUUGGGAUGUAUCGAAGAAGGAGAAGCUUGCCAAUAUUAAAUGUCCAGAUACUACCCAUUUCGAAUGGAAUCCAAAUGGUGAAUAUUUUGUCACCGCUACAACGGCUCCAAGAUUACGCAUAGGCAAUGGUUUUAAAGUCUAUCAUUACUCGGGUGCCUUAAUGCAUGAGACAAUUUGGCCACAAGGCCAAGAACUAUUGGCCGUUGAAUGGCAACAAGUUGCUGAGAAUACAUUUAAAGAGCCUGUUAUAACCAAGGUCAAGCAUGAAGGUAUCAAAUCGAGUCAACCAGAGGCGAGUAAGAAGGUCUAUACACCACCUCACUUGCGCUUCAUGAGUGAAGGAAAAAAUCCAGAGAAAUUUGUACCACAGCCGCAAAGCACUAUACCAGGACUACCACCAGGUUAUUCUUCCUCACAAGCCAACAAUAAGAAACAGAGUGCUCAAAGGUCUCAUCAACAACAUCAAAAUCAACAACAGCAGCAGCAAACUCCUAAGGGUUUCAAACAGCAGCAACAUAAUAAAAAUAGAAGAAAUGAUCAGCACAACAACGAAAACAAUAAUGGUGCUAAUAACAACAACAACAAUAAUAGAAACAAUAGAGGACGAGGUGAAAAUAAUAGUAAUGGUGGUGCUAACAACGGCGGACAACCAGGACCAAAUAAUUUCAAUCAAAUGAAUAAGAUGGCUAAUGAAGGAGCACCGCAGGUAGCACAUGAACAAGGUAAUGUACCGGCUAAUGAACAGCAGCAGCAACAGCAAAACAAACGUCAACAAAACAAUCGCCGUCAGCAUAAUAAUCCACAGCAAUUUCAACAAAGAAGACAGCAACAACAGCAGUCUAUUAAUAAUCAGAGCCCUGCUGGUGGAGAAAAUGAAAUGAUUGCAGUGGAACAACAACAGCAAUCAACUAAUCCACAGCAACAAAAUCCACAGCAACAGCAAACUUCCAAAAAAGCUGCUAAUCCUGAAAAGGAGAAGAAAAUCCGUAAUGUUGCCAAAAAAUUGUCGGACAUUAAAAAGUUGAAAGCCCGCCAAGACCAGGGUGAAGUGUUGGAAUUAAAUCAAUUGAAUAAAAUUGAAAUGGAGUCGAAAUUUCUAGAAGAGCUUAAAGCUUUAAAAUUAUCUGCCUAAAAAUUUAAAGCUUUUUCAUAUAACACUCAAACUCGAAAUCGGUAAUGAAAACAUAACAUAUACUUCCUUUUUUUUCCAAUUAACUUAAAAAAUAUACAUUUUUUAGAACAGAAAAAAACAAAAACUAUAUAUUUAUUAAUUUAUUAAAGGGAAGUUAUGUAUUUGUAAAAUUUUCCAAUUUGUACCCAAAAUAUUUAAAAAAAGAUGUUGAAAAUUUCCUAAUAUCUGUAACCUAAUGUAAAGGUAACCGAUUUAAUUUUAAAAUUACUUCAAAAUUUAUGCAAAAAUAAAUCAAAUUAAGGCGCAACUAGGUGAAUUUUAAACUUGUGUUUCCAACAAAAUUUCCCUAUAACCUCUCUUUUUAUACUCCAAUACUUUGUGUGUGUUCUUAAGCUACCAGCUAAUUAACUCCAUUAUAAAUCUUUAUUUAUAAUUGUCAUUGUGUUUUUAAAUUUAAAAAAUGUAAUUAUUGGCUUAAAAAUUGUUUACCGACCGUUUUGUAUUAAAAAAAAAUUACUUUUAUUAUUAUACUGCUGUGUCUCUCUCGUGUGUUCCAUCACUCUCUUAAACUAUGUUUUUUUUUAAAUUAAAUGUCAAAAGCAAACAAAUUCCAAACUAUUUUAUUUUUUAUAUCAAAUUAUGUUUUAUUAAAAAAAAAAUUUAUUUAAAAUUUAUUUUUUUAUUGUAUUUUUCUUUAUUAUCAAAAACCACAACAAAAGUAACGGAAAAUAAUUGUGAUUUAUCAAACAUACAUAUUUACAACAAAAAAAAUAAAACCAACUAUUAAAGCAAUAAUUGCAACAAAAAAUAAAACAAAAAUCACAUUUUGGUAAAAAAAAA